CCAUCGCUGUGCCCGGAUCCUGACACUCCCUCCUUUUUUUUUUCCAGCUUGUGGUUAAAUACCGCUGAAAGGAGUUGCAUGAAAUCAUCGACAGGUUCCUUUUUAAAAAAAAAAAAUCAAAAAGAAAUUGCUCGUGGGGAGGGAAUGAGUAUUCAAAGCUGAGCCAGGGUUUCCUGUUGCAUGGGGCUGCAGAUAUAUAUAUAAACGAGCUUUUAAUGUGCUGGGCCAGUGUUCGCAAGCUGCUACGAGACCAGAGCGUUCCCUAACUGCCUGAUUGCUUUCCCAGAUCCCUGAGGGUUUGAAAGCAACCACAAUGAACAAGUUCCUGUGCUGCACACUUGUGGUAAGUCCUUGCCCAGAGACUGACGAUUGCUUUGGAACUGACACGAUCAGAGCGUUGAUAUCAUUCUCUGUUCUCCGCUGGCUGACUUUUCCUCUUCAGGUCUUUCAGUAAGCGUGCUAGCUUUCAAAUCGUAGUGGGCUGCAAAGUUUUAACAAGGGAUGAGACAUUCCUGGCUUCUGGGGUAGGGGGUAGAGGAAGGAAUUAAUAUGCUGCCUUUUCAAGAAAUGGGUGCCUUCUAAAUCUCCUAGUUCUGCCCCUCCUAAGAGAGCCUUAGGCCACUGCAGAUGUUAUGAAUCUGUUUAAUAUUGUCAGGACAGUCUGUGGAGAGGAGGGCUAGAAAGAACAGGAGCAAAUCUGUGAGACUGGACUGGUUUGUCAGAUACCAUGUUUAAUUUUAUAUAUUGCACAAAUGUAUGGAUAUAUGGGGCUCACAUAGACAGAGAGCACUGGAUUAUCUGUCGUGGUGCUCUGAUGAUCUAAGGGCGGUAGCUGGAUGUGGAACAGGUACUGGUGACAGACAGAGCAGAAGGUUUAAGGUACAAUCCCUGGAAUCUUCCCAUAAAAUGAUCGUAUGGAGAAAGAUCUCUGGAGCAUUGCAAUUUCUGCUCUGCCACCAGUUCUCCUGAUGCAAACGGUCACGUUUUGUGAAUCUUCUGUGCCCAACCAGUGUGGUGUAGUGGUUAAGAGUGGUAGACUCGUAAUCUGGUGAACCGGGUUUGAUUCCCCACUCCUCCACAUGCAGCUGCUGGGUGACCUUAGGCUAGUCACACUUCUUUGAAGUCUCUCAGCCUCACUCACUUCACAGAGUGUAUGUUGUGGGGGAAGAAGGGAGAGGAGAAUGUUAGCUGCUUUGAGACUCCCUAGGGUAGUGAUAAAGCGGGAUAUCAAAUCCAAACUCUUCUUCUCUUCAACUGGGCAAAUGUCUCUUACUGGCUCCCAUUGCAUGUGUGGAGAUGUAUGUUAAAGAGAAUGGGACAGCUCUUUCACUCAUAAGGAGAUCCGCUGAACAUCGACACUGCCAGGUGUGCCCCAAAAUCAAUGGGUUGGAAUGUCUGUUAUUUUUGCAAUCUCCUUUACCCUUUUCUCUGAUUUACCUUCUCUCAGAUGUACAUUAGGGAGACAUUUAUUUAUGCCCCACUCUGGGAAAGCUAAGAAUCCAAAAUCUAUGGGCAGUAGUCAAGUAGGUUAUAAUCUGAGUAAACCCAUUGAAAUCAACAGACCUAAGUGAAUUGUGUCCAUCAACAUCAAGGGUCUUCUCUGAGUGUGAUUAGCACUGAUUACAACCUUACAAAUAUAUUUUAAAAGUGAUCUCAUAGCUGAGAAUAGUUUGCCUUGUGACUAAUCAACCCAAGUGAUGUUUGAUGUUACCUAGAAGUUGUGCAACGUGGAGCUACAGCUGAUCAGAUAACUGUGAAUGCUUCCUGUUAUCUGUCAGCUUUGCUUCAUGUGAGCAUUCGGUAGAUCAUGUAUUCAGUGAGUUACUGUUGCCAAUCAUAUAGAAACACUUAGGACAAAGGGAUUUUCUGCUUCUUAAAAAUGGGACUCAGCCCACUGGGUAUGUUCCCCUGUAUAAGCCCCAUUUCUCAGUGGGUUCUGCCCCAUUAAAAACAACAACAGUAUACUCAAUAUGAAAAGAAGAACAGAAAUCAACUUCCCAGUAGUUUGCAUAAACUGAAUUCAUUAUUAGAAUGAUGUUAGGAUUGAAAGUCAUCUCUAAAUACUGGCAAUUCUUGUUAGCAGAUCAAACAAUAUAAAUUGAGAGGGACCUCUCUUCUGACUGAGGGGAUGACUCCUGACAGGUUUCAGAUUGACAGCUGCAGUGGUUCCCCUGCAAAGAGAACUGUUUUGGGGUGGGUACAUUAGGAAUCAGGGUGUGUGAGAAAAAAGAGCAUGGUUUCUUAGAAAAAGUGAGGACAGUAUUCGUCUCCCAGCAAGAAACAUGUUACCCCAAGGGUCUUUGGUAGGGAUUAGCUUCCCCACAACAGGUUUUCAGGUACACAGCAUGUUCUCCCUCAGAUAAAUACCUCUCUCCAUUGACUUGCAUAGGGAAAAGGUGGCGGGAAAAUGGCAUAAAACCCCCAGGAAAGACAUAAACCCUCAGGGAAGGGGGAAAUGUCACUUUCCAGCAAGGAUCCAGUGGGUCAUUGGUUUUGGGUGGGCUUCUGUCCCCUCACGGGUUUUCGGUAACAUGCUGGCAUGGAAAGGGGAAGGCAAAAACCCAGGUGAAAAAUAGAUCCAGGUUUAGAAGCCACAGAUAUCAGAAAACUAGAUCCUGGAUACAAACAAACAGGGGCAAGGACUAUCGCCCUGUAUGUCCUGCUUCUGAGAUCUCACUGGUCACCCACUGCUGGAAAAACAUUGGUGGCUCAAUGGAUCUUGGGCCCCAUUUGCACUUGUAUUAUGUAGAGCAGUGAAUAGCAAGAUGAAAUAUUUUUUUAAAAAUUAAAAAAUGUCCAGUGGCACCUUGUUGUUGUUGUUCUUGAUUAGUAAUUUAGUUGUGUCUGACUCUUUGUGGCCCCAUGGACCAGAGCACACCAGGCACUCCUGUCUUCCACUGCCUCCCGCAGUUUGGUCAAACUCAUGUUCCUAGGACACUGUCCAACCAUCUCGUCCUCUGUCAUCCCCUUCUCCUUGUGCCCUCAAUCUUUCCCAACAUCUUUUCCAGGGAGUCUUCUCUUCUCAUGAGGUAGCCAAAGUAUUGGAGCCUCAGUUUCAGGAUCUGUCCUUCCAGUGAGCACUCAGGGCUGAUUUCCUUCAGAAUGGAUAGGUUUGAUCUUCUUGCAGUCCAUGGGACUCUCAAGAGUCCAGCACCAUAAUUGAAAAGUAUCAAUUAUACGGCGAUCAGCCUUCCUUUUGGUCCAGCUCUCACUUCCAUACAUCACUACUGGGAAAACCUUAGAGACCAACUAAGAUUGUUCUUGGUAUAAGCUUUCGUGUGCAUGCAGACUUCUUGCACACGAAAGCUUAUACCAAGAACAAACUUAGUUGGUCUCUAAGGUGCCACUGGACAAUUUUUAUUUUUUUACAUAUAUUUCGACUGCGUCAGACCAACAUGGCUACCUACCUGAAUCAGUGAAUAGCACAGUUUAGGGAUUUGACUUUGGAUCCCAUCCAGACUUUGACAGUCCUUUUCAAAGGCAAAGGAGACACCAGGUUGUGUUUGUGAUGCAAAACAGAGGCUGCUUUAUUUGUUUCUUUCAGUAAAUCCAAACAUUCUUCUGCGGUCUGCGUGAAACCCCAAAGCCAAGACAUAUAAUAAUGUUUUUGUAUGCUGAAAAACUAGUUUCUUUACUUUCACAAGGCUGUGAUUGAAGGGAAAGAUGCCUGUAGGAGCUUUGGCUGUCUUUGCAAUUGUCAUCCAAAUCCACAUUUAUUUCACACGAGUGGGUGGAGCUCAAAUGUCAUUUGACUUCCGUUUGGAGAUCAGUGCGAAAGAUCCAAUAGAAAAGGAAAUCAAUAUAAUGUCAUUUCCCUUUCAAAAUCCUUUUAUCUGGGGGGAGGAGAGACAAUAAACCCCCUGUUGAUCCUGGGAUAUUUUUGAAAACACGAAAACUGUAGUUUUUUAAACCAGAACUUUGCAACAACAUCACAAUGUUUGUUAAGGGUAUUACAGGCCAUUUAACAGUGCUGUAAGUUAUAUGAGUUGCUGUGGCAGAAAAAAUAUUUAAUCAUUAAUGUUAAGAAAGGAAGAUGAAGGUUAUGUAUUGUUAGCUGCCCUGAGCCCGGCUUCGGCUGGGGAGGGUGGGAUAUAAAUAAUUAUUAUUAUAAUUAUUAUUAUUAUUAUUAUUAUUAUUAUUAUUAUUAUUCUGUACUGUAUAUGAGCAUUUCUAAGAUGCCCACUUCCUGUCCCUCAUGAAUCUCUGCCUUGUUGCAAAUCCUUCACUGUUUGACUGUUUUCCAGAUGGCACACACAAAUACAUACAAAUAAAACUGCAUCAUUCGAAGUUGCCUUAUAUCUGCCCUCAAAACAAUGCGACCCACUCCAAGUUCCCUCUCUGAGGGGUGUUUGGAGGGUGGCCACAAGGGGCAGGGCCUUUUUAGUGGUGUCCCUCUGUCUCUUGACACCUGUUUGGCACCGUCUUUAAGGGCAAUGCCUCUGAGAAAUGUAAACCGCAACAGUGAUACCACCAGUGUGUUGCCAACCAUGUAACCUAAAACACUGUGUUGUGUCUCUUCCGCUAGCUGCUGGACAUAUCUGUGAAAUGGACUGUCCAGGAGGACUUUCCCCCAAAGUACCUCCAUUAUGACUCGGAAACCUCCCGUCAGAUAUUGUGUGACCAGUGUCCCCCCGGAACCUACGUCAAGCAGCAUUGCACGGCUUCUUCGAAGACUGAGUGUGCCCCCUGCCCGGGUCAGUUCUACGCAGACGAAUGGAACAGCAACGAUGAGUGCCAGUACUGCAACGUGGUGUGCAAGGAGCUGCAAUACGAGAAAGUCGAAUGCAGCAGCACCCAGAAUCGUGUUUGCGAGUGCAUCGAAGGGCGGUACCUCGAACUGGAAUUCUGCUUGAAGCACACAGCAUGUCCGCCGGGAUACGGUGUUGCUGAGAAAGGUAUGUGCCUGUUUCCCAGAGAUGGCCUCGUGCCUGUUCGCCUGGGGCGAGGAAGAAACUUCACCAGGAAACCAGGCCAGGAAGAUUACACACACACACCCUUUGGUAUACAGUGGUACCUCGGGUUACAGACGCUUCAGGUUACAGAUGCUUCAGGUUACAGACUCCGCUAACCCAGAAAUAGUACCUCAGGUUAAGAACUUUGCUUCAGGGUGAGAACAGAAAUUGUGCAGCGACAGCAGGAGGCCCCAUUAGCUAUAGUGGUACCUCAGGUUAAGAACAGUUUCAGGUUAAGAACGGACCUCCAGAGCGAAUUAAGUUCUUAACCCGAGGUACCACUGUACUGGGAAACAGUGGGUUCUUGCAUGUGCUCCCCCCCCCCCCCAGGAUCUUCAGUGCACCACAGAUCACUAGCAUUAUAUAUAAGGGAGAUCAGCUAGUGAAAGCCUGUGUUGGAACAGGGAGAGCUGGAUUGAAAUCCCUGCUUGGCCAUGAAAUUAACUGGGUGACCUUAGGCUAGUCCCAGUCUCUCAACCUGAUCUACAGGGUUGUUGUGAGGUUCAAACAAAGGGGCACCUUUAGCUGUACUAAACUCCUGUUGAGGUGCAUAGGAUUCAGUGUCAGUGUGGUAUAAUCUGGCUGGCGGUCAGGAUCCGGAGCAAGUCAACAAGGAUCCAGAGUGCCAGAGGAAGUGGAGUCUCCUUCUUUGGAGGUCUUUAAGCAGAGGCUUGACAACCAUAUGUCAGGAGUGCUCUGAUGGUGUUUCCUGCUUGGCAGGGGGUUGGACUCGAUGGCCCUUGUGGUCUCUUCCAACUCUAUGAUUCUAUGAUGAAUGCGGUCUGAGACAGACAGCAGGGCCAGGAUACAGAGAGGCUGAAACAAGGGAGGGGAGUCUGUUUAACACUUUCGCUCACAGACAACUUGCUCAGUUUAAGAGUCCAAGCCUGGGGCAACAACUGUAUGGUUUUAUUUAUUAGACAAGACGCAUGUACCGUUUGAUUGCAAAUAGAGCCUACCGAAAAAGAGACAAGAAUAAAAGGACAAAUUACAAACAAGGAUUUAACAAACUCAAAACAGAAUUAAAACUAACAGUUAAGAUAAAAACAGACUAAAACGCACACAGGCUUUCAUCCACAUGCCUGGAUAGGCUUGCCUGAACAAAACUGUCUUUAUCAGGAACUGCAAAGCAAAGGUGUCAAUUGGUGGGGAGUUCCAGUGUUCAUGUGCUGCCUGCAACAUGAAUAGGUCAGUUUCUUACAAACGCAGAACAAAUCUGCGGCACCUGUAAACAGUGCCCGUUCCCCAGAUCAAAGCAGUCGAGUAGACAUAUAUGAGGACUGCGUAUGUCUUGCUUUUCAGAGAACAGCCUCCUCUUUAAAGGAGUCCUCUGUCCCGUUCAAAUCCUGUUGCAAACACGAAGAACCCUAAUACCAAGUUGCCUUGCCUUGCUAUUUAAAUUGCAGUUACCCAUUCUAAAUUUGCAGCUGUGCAUAUGAAUCAGCCUAUGCAGAUUCCAUGCAAAUCGGCAUCUUCUUCUUUCCUUCCUUGCCCUAAGAGGACACUGGUGCAUGGAGUCGUGCUGAGUCAACGGUGCAAAGAGUAAGGCAUCUUGGCUUGCGCUCCUGUACAGCUUUUUGGAAUGACAGAAGGUGGGUUGGGGGUUUGGUAGUUUGUUAACUUUAGUGGACUUUAUUUUUUUAUUAUUUUGCAAGGCUGGCUUACGUCAGACAUAGAGAACCUGUGGCCUUCCAGAUGUUGUUGGACUUGAAAUCUGCGUUAGCCCCAGCUGAUAGUCAGGGAUGAUGGGAGCUGCAAACAAGAAUUGCCUCAAGUCCCAUAUCCCUGGUUCACAGUUAUGAAAUUGCCUGCAUGGAUUGCAAGGCAAAUGUAGCCCAACAGCAGCCUAGUCAAAAUUUUCCAAAGCAUCCUGGUUUUGCUGCCUGGGUGCAACUACAAAACCAAAACACACACACACAGUUGUGUAGCUCUCACAUAGAGACCCUUGCAUAGCUUUCAACUUUCGAAUACGCCCAGAGGCAACGCAUGGAUCGCAAAUUUAUUGCAGUGCCUGUGAAAAACAGCCGUUGUCCUCCUAAACAUCUCGCUGGACUGCUGCCAAAAGUGAUGUUGCUCACAGUAGCAAAAUGUUCUGCUCUUACUGUAAUGGGUAAUUUAAUGGCACCAGCAAAUUGCCUUCUAAUGAGAAACAUGAUGGAUUGACCUCAUUCACAGGGACAUUAUCUGGGAUGCAGUAUUUAUGGGUUAUAACUAAUAACAUUUUUCAUGGGGGAAGAGUGCUGCUUCAAGUCUCUGUGCGCCUUGACAAACAGCAGAAGUGCGGACUGAUAUAGCACCCAGAGAGUAAUUAUAACAAUAUUAGUGUAAUAGCAAAAGUCAUCGCAAAUGUGUGGCAGUAAUUAAUUACCAAUGUCGCGAAUAGAUACUCCUAGAAAAGCAUAUAUAUAUAUAUAUAUAUAUAUAUAUAUAUAUGCACACGCGCAGCCAGUAAUUCUCAAACUGGUAAUAUUGUGCAUUGCUAGAAAGGAUAGAGACCACAGCGAUAGAUUUUUAACAACAAAAACAGGAGGGGGGGGAGAGACAGAUAAAAGAGGUCACAUGUUCUUUAUUGAUGGAAAUUAAUACUGCCACCGAAGAGCACUAUCUAGAAAAUAAAGACUAAAGGAAUCCUUGUCUAGCAACAACAACAAAAAGAUGUGCAGAAACUUUAUGGAUCUGCUUGAAAAUGGCCCGGCACAUACUAGUUUCAUCAUUUUGUGAAGCUAAGGAGGAGUGAAAACCAGUCUCCUACUUCAUUUCAGUUCCAGAUGCAAAGUGUGGGUUUUUAAUAUAUUUCUUUUGCUGCAAAAAUAUUAGCUAGCUGCAUAUAAAGUGGCUUCCAGAAUGCCCGGAGGUGUGAAAAUCCUCAUAAAUUGUACUUUAAACUACAGCUACAUUUUAGACAUUGGAUUAAAUGCUUUCAGCAUGCCAAACAGGAAAUAUAAAAAUAUUUACAUGAGCUCAUGUAAUGCAUUCUUCCAAAAUACAUUCAUUCAUUUUGGGGACUGGGAAAGAGACCCGUGUACAUCUGCUCUCCCCUCCCCCUCAUGUGUGGUUUGAUCAAUCCAUUGUUUCCUGUUGUGCAAAAAAACUUCAGGCUGUUAUUUAAGCAGUCCCUCCAUUCCAGGAUUACAAACCGGUUUUGUUCUAGUAAGCAAUGCUAGUUCAAAGGCCUUGCUGAAACCAUAAUCUGCCAGUCUGGAUGUAACUGCAAACUAUGGUUUGAUCAAACCAGGAAUUAAUGUGUUAAGCCCUUCAGUUGAAGAGUGGAAGGAAGGAGCAUAGGAAGGAAGGAGUAUGCAAGCACUAGAUCCAUUCCUGGAAGAUUGAAUGCAACCCAUUGACUGCAUUCAGACUAAUGCUGUGAACUACCCUGACAUAGAAAUUCCACAGAAAUGGGGCCAGUUCUGAAAAGGCCCUGCUGCUAGGUCCUGCACAUAACAGUUGACAAGGGAAUAUAGAACAGAGGGUAACUCACACAGGGACCACUGAUUUAUAGCUCAACCCAUGCUCUUUACGAGCUUAAAAGUGAACACUAGAAUUGAAGGCUAGAAAUUUACUGGCAAUCAGGGUGACAUACUCCUAGAGUUUCUGUUUCGUUGAAUAUGGAUGGAUCACAAUUCUUGCUUUUCUGUGAGAAGCUAUGUAUCUUAAUAACCAUGACAGCAUUUGUUCCCUAACUGCACAUUUAAUUCAUCAUUGUAGAUCUUUUAGUAAAGGACAGAACCCCAACUUUCUUGCUCUCCAGGAUCCUAAAAAUAUUUUCAUCCGUACACAACACCUUCUGUGUUGAUUGCUUUACAACAGCAGUUUAAUCAAAUAUGCAUUCCUUAGAAUUAUUUUUUAUUAAAUAUUAGCAUCAUAUUUUUAGGGCACAUACAAUAAUCCAGCCAGGCCCAAAGAGGAGAAUCGAUGCACAUUCUUCACUGUGUCACAUUCCUGAGCUAUUCCUUACCUUUAAAGUCUUUGGAAACUCAUUUAAGUGUAUCCAGCAGCAUAAUUUACCUACAGAACUCUAAUUUCAUACUCUAGCUCAAAUCUAUAUCAACUAAGUGCAAGCAAGAGCUUUCAUUUACAUAGGAAAGGCAGAAAAUGCCAGCUUGAUUUGAAAAAUGCAACACCUGUUUUAAUUCUAUCGCCAUUUAUGUCGGAAUGGGAAGCUGCUCAGAAGGGGCUUAAAUCAGCCCUGUCCAAUUUGCAGCCACGAACCACAGACCAUCAGGUGUUUGAUAAGCCCUUCAUUUGAGUUAAAUCCAGAUUGCCUGCACAGGCUGGGUUUAUUAAGCCACCCAGCAGGUUAUAACACAUGGCUGGCAUGCCACAUUGAACGUGAGCGUGACAAGCCAGAUUUUAAGGGAAAGAAGGCAUUUCAUUGAGUUAUCUAAUGCACUGGUUUCGGUGCUCUGGUGAAAGAACUCCUUCAAAGUUUGCGAAAAGAAAUGCCAUCGUCCAUGGGCAAUGCCAGCUCUGCUCCAGGUUUGAGAAGAGCUUGGGCAAAAAUACCACCCAUGGCCCCUUAUCUUGGUGCCCUCCCUGGCAGGGGCAGAAGAUCUGGACUCCAGGGAGUGCACCAUAGCUGUUGCUGCCACUGCAUUCCUUGCAGGCUGGAUCUUUUGAUCCUAUGGAUCCUACCACCCAAGGUGGUCUCCUCACCUCACCUCACCUCACUUGGGCCAGCCCUGACGCUUCCUUCACCUUGGCAGCCCACCUCCUAUCCUUGCUCCUGACUCAGACCUUCACUCGUCCAUUCUUCACUGGAGAAGGGGUGCCUCAGGUGCGGAAAUAUCUUGGGCCAGCCCUGCUCUGGGUCACUGUGGGAAAUAGAAAAUGGCAGCUCAUCGUGUGUUGAUGUGAUGGGGCUUCAGGGCAGGUAUAUGCUGGGCUGGUCCAUAGGAAUCAAACCUAGUAGCCAAGCAACUUUUUCCAACUGUCUGAGCGGAGUUGACUUUGGACCAGCUCUGGAGUAUCAGAGUUGGACUUCUAGGGUUUAUUUUUUACUGAUCUCCACCAGUCCCAUGUUCAUUUAACUAAGGUGGGUGCCUGCCCACAGCAUGUGGUGUCCUGUUGCACCAACCAAGUUCCAUGUGAACCUUUUCCUUGUCCAGAUUCCAUAUCUGAAUAUUCCACAUUUAAAAACUGCCUAAUGGGCUAGUUUUAAAUAUGUAGGGAGCUUUAGACUUGAAGAAAUCACAUUAGGAAGAACUUUCUAACAUUAGGAAGUACGUUUUGGCAAUAAGAGCUGUUCUCCCUCGGAAGAUGGACUGUCUGUCAUUGGAGGUUUUCAAACAGAGGUUGAACGGCUGUCUGUCCAGGAUUCUUUAGCUAUGAUUCUUGCAUUGCAUGGGGUUAGCCUAGAUCAGUGUUUCCCAACCUUGGGCCUCCAGCUGUUUUCGAACUACAAUUCCCAUCAUCCCUGACCACUGGUCUUGCUAGCUGAGGAUUAUGGGAGUUGUAGUCCAAAAACAGCUGGAGGCGCAAGGUUGGGAAAUGCUGGCCUAGAUGACCCUCAAGAUCCCUUCCAGCUCUACAGUUCGAUAGAUAAUGCGUUCUUCCACCUACAUUUGAAAGUGGCUCAGUGCCUUGGGGCAUGCACUGUCCCAUGUGAGACUUCUGAAUGUGCCAUUUACAAAAACAAAGCAGAUGAGAUUUAAAACAUUAAUUGGCGAAGCUGUCCUGGGAAAUGAGCUUCCCCCUUUGAAAGAGAAUCUUUGGGAACACACAAAUCAGGCACUUAUCUGAUUGCUUUUCCGCUCAGUCUUUCAUGCUGCCUUUCACCAUAUAUAUAAGAAGCCCCUGAAGUGCUGUAUACAAAGUGAUUGCCAAGCGUAUUUAUUGUCUCUUUCUUUUGUCCCAAGGUACCCCUGAAAGUGACACGGUUUGCGAGAGAUGCCCAGAAGGCUAUUUCUCCAAUGAAACGUCAUCCAAGGAAGCUUGUCAAAAGCACACCAACUGCAGCGCGCUGGGUCUCAAAAUGGUGCGCAAGGGAGACGCCACACGUGACAAUGUUUGCCAGGGAGAAAAAAGCGACAGAUCAGAUCAGAAGUGUGGAAUCGGUACGUGCCAGUUUACCAGUUGUUGUAUUUCUACUAGUUAAGUUUUGUGCUUCAAAGCAACAAAUAGUUUUCAGCUGACUGAUGUGAAAUAGAAGUUGUUCUCUAUGUAGCUUGCUGGGUGGGGCAGAACUGCUACACAACCUUCCCAGCAGGUGGGUCACCAUUGCUUAACCCAAGGGAAUGCAGAAGAGCUGAAGCUGGAAUGGUGCAAACACACUGGCAGGAACACUGGAUUGAUUCUUCCAGUGUGUUUGCACUGCGCCAACCUUCCCACCACCAUAAGAACAUAAGACGAGCCUGCUGGAUCCAGCCAACAGCCCAUCUAGUCCAACAUCCUAUUCCCACAGUGGCCAGCCCAAUACCUGUAGGAAACCCCCAAGCAGGGCCUGUGUAAAAUAGAACUCCCCUACUUACGCUGAAUACCAGCAACUGAUAUUCAGAAGCAUGGCUGCCUCCAACUCUUGAGGCAGAUCAUAGCCAUCAUGCCUAGUAGCCAUCAAAAGCCCUCUCUUCCAUGAAUUCGUCUAAUCCUCUUUUCGCCUCGCUCAUCCUUUCUGGUAAACAACAGCAAUCCUCCGGUUGUGAAGCUAGUGUACCAGCUCUGCUCCUCAUCCAGAGUGACACUUCUGAAAGCAUUUCAUUAGCUUAUGAUAGUGAAUCUUUGGGUCCCUAGGCGUUGCUUGACUCCAACUCUGGAAAGUACCUCCAGCUGGUAGUUUCCAUAGCAACCAGUCGCUUGUACUCUUUAGUCAUGCAGAGAUACACCUGAGCCAUUAACUUAACAAAAAGUUUUGGGCCGCUUGAGCAGUCUUUUUCUACAGAAUGAAGCCACAAGCUUGGGGGUGCACCCCCAAGAUUCUAUGCAGACUAAUGAGAGUGUCGGACCAGGACCAGGGAGAGACCAGGGUUCAAAUCGCCCCAUGCCAUGAAGUUCACUGGGUGCCCUUGGGCCAGUCACCAUCAUAGCUGUCAACGUUUCCCUUUUUUUAAGGGAAAUUCCCUUAUUCCAAAUAGGAUUCCUCGCAAGAAAAGGGAACAGUUGACAGCUAUGGACCAUCUCUCACCCGAGCCUACCUCACAGGGUUGUUAUGGGGAUUAAAUGAGGAAAGAGGGAACCAUUUACGCCACCUUGAGGUCCUUAGAGGAAAAGGUAGCAUAUAAAUUUAAUGAAUAAAUAACACAGGUCAAAGUGUAGUUUCACAGAAUCCAGGCUUAUUUACUCAGGAAGCAAGUCUCAUUGUGUUCAAUAGGGUUUACAUCCAAGUAAGCAUGCAGAGGACUGCAGCCUUGGUAGAGCAAUACUGGGGAUUUUUUAUGCUUUUCAAAAAGGCACAGGUGCAAUGUUUGGAUGGCUGAUCCAGACCAGGCAGACUUUGAAAGAUCAAUACACUUCUUCUUCUUCUUCUUUAGAUGUGACCUUAUGUGAGGAAGCAUUCUUCAGGUUUGCCGUUCCAACAAAACUCACGCCCAACUGGCUGAACAUGCUAAGGGAUAGUCUGCCAGGUAUAAAGGUCAACACAGAAACUACAGAAAGGCUCAAACAAAGGCACAGUCCUCAGGAACAGACCUUUCAGCUACUGAAAUUAUGGAAGGAGCAGAACAAUGACCACACUGCGGUCAAGAACAUUAAGCAAGGUAAGGCCAGUAUACAAGCAGAGCGGUGUAUGCAUACACUGAGCAGGCUCACAUUUAUUUAUGAACUCUUCUUCCUUGGAGGUUUUUAAGCAGAGGUUGGAUGGCCAUCUGUCAUGGAUGCUUUGGCUGAGAUUCCUGUAUUGCAGAGGGUUGGGCUCCCUUCCAACUCUACGAUCCUGUUAGUCCACGAAACAAACCACCUUCUCUAUUUGUCUUUCGUAGGCAUUGACCACUGUGAAAACAGUGUCUCAAAACACAUUGGCCACCUCAACAUCACCUUUGAGCAGCUCAGCAUCCUGAUGGAAAAUUUGCCAGGGAAGAAAGUGGGGAAGGAAGAAGUCGACCGUAUUCUGAGGCUGUGCAAAUCUUCCGAGCCGAUUCUCAGGCUUCUCAGCUUGUGGAGAGUAAAAAAUAGAGACCAAGACACCAUCAAGGGCUUGACGUAUGGGCUGAAGCAUUUGAAAACAUACCAUUUCCCCAAGACGACGAUCCAAGGCCUCCGGAAGGUGGUCAAGUUCCUCCACAGCCUCUCGAUGUACAAAUUAUACCAGAAGCUUUUCUUAGAAAUGCUCGGAAACCAGAUCCAUUUGGUGAAAGUGAGGCGCGCAUAGUUUUAGCUAUCCAAUAUUUCAUACUCCACUUGCUGCUAGCAAUAACGAUUACAUUUUUGUAUGUGGAUUGGGAGGGGGAAUGUUUUUUCUAUAUUAUGCUUAUUUAUAUUUAUACAUCUGACUGGGAUAGGUCAGAGCUAUCCUAGAUCAUUUUAAAAUAAUAAUAAUAAUAAUAUUUUUGUUGUUGUUACAUUAAGCUCCUGAUCUGGAAUCUUAGGACGUCCAAGAUUUCCAGUGAAAUCAAACCGAUGUGCAGAGAAAUACCAGAACAAAUAUUUGCUAUUUAUAUUCACUGAACUCCAGAAUGUUGUACAUAUUUAUUAACUUGAAUGGCCACAGUUUGAGAUUAAGGGUAGAAACAGAUAACGCACUUGCUGAGAGGUCAGCACCGCAGCAUCCCAUAUGGUGAAUCUGUGGGGUGGAGUGGGGAACAAGGGUAUCAUUUCCUGGGGGCAGCUGCUCUUCCGCUCGCUCCCCCAACAUAGUUCUUACUCAGAUGCUCAAAAGAGUGUUUGAGGGCACCAACUGAGCAGGGCAAGUCUAGCCAGCCUGGUUAUGCUUUGGUUAUGCUUUGAACUACCAUAUUUUUCACUCCUUAAGACGCACCUGACCAUAAGACACACCUAGUGGAUUUGUGUUUUUGCACCAUUGUUGCCCCACACAACAGUGGGUGCAUGAUUUUUUUGGUGCAGGCUGUAGCCAUGGACGUGCUAUGUGAUCUGAUGGUGAAUUUGGGGUGACCCAAUGCAAAAAUCCUGAGGAUCCAUGGGCUUUUACCUCCUCCCUCCCAGGCAGCCUCCUUUAUCUCUAGCAUCCCUUAUCUCCCUCCCCGAUCCCUUGCCGAUCAGCUGCUUCCUUUCAAUACUCCCUUCCCUCUUGUUUACCUUAGUGUCUUUUCCUUAGCUGGAGCAGUUUUUUGCUUUGGAAAAAAAAAUGAUCUGCUUUUCGCCCCUGGGCAAUUCGGCUCCAGGGACCACGCAUUUGCUCUAUAAGACGCACAGACAUUUCCCUUUACCUUUUAGGAAGAAAAAAGUGUAUCUUAUGGAGCGAAAAAUACAGUACAUUCCCAUCACCCCAUCAAGCACAGCACCAGGGAUGAUGGGAGCUGUGGUCCACAGAAUCUGCAGGUCGACCCCCGUUGUAGGUGAUGCAAGGCCAAUGUUCACACCCAUGCCAACAUCCCCUUCACUCCUGGCCUUUGCAUGGUGAGCAUGAACCCCCGAUAGGAACUCUGAAGUAUGUCCUCUUGAACAUGCUUAGUAGGGUCCUCCCCGGCACUGGGAACUAGGGUUGUGCAAGAUUCGAACCCAGUUCUCCUUCAGGCCUUCACACUCAACACACAAAAGCAAGAUGCAGAGGCCUGUGUUUGCGGCGCCAAUGUACCCACCCCAGUUUGCAGUCUUGUGCCUUUUUCCCCCAGUGCCUAUAUAGAGCUUGAGUUUCAGAUUAUUUCUCAGGAACACCCCUAUCUCUGGUACAGAGCAGGAUCCAAAGCAGUGUGAGGCGCUGCUUGACUCACGCACAAGAGCUUUUUAGCUCCCUCUUCAAGUGGCAGCUCCACAUUAGCCUCCCUGCCCCCCAAAAAACCUCCCUUCCCAACCUCUAAUGCAGCAGUUCUCAACCUGUGGGUCCCCAGAUGUUGUUGGACUACAACUCCCAUCAUCCCUGAGCUCUGGCCUUGCUAGCUAGGGGUGAUGGGAGUUGUAGUUCAACAACAACUGGGGACCCACAGGUUGAGAAAGCCUGCUCUAACACAUCCACACACACACACACACACACACACACACACACACACACCAACCAUCUUUCCCCUAAACUAAAUUAAAAAUGCUUCCAAAUACCAGUUGUUGGAAACCACAGGAAGGGUGAGUAACCCUGUACUCCUAUCCUGCUUGUGGAUUUCCCACAAGCAUUUGGGUGGCCGCUGUGAGAACAGGAUCCUGGACUUGAUGGGCCAUUGGUCUGAUUCAGCAGGGCCUAUUUCCUAGGUAUGAAAUAUUGCCAUCCAAAGGAUUUCCCCCCUUCUCCUAGGUGCAAGUGCUCACACAUAGUGGAUAUGAAUCUGCCCCGGGCCCCAAAAAUUCUUAAAAUGGACCUUUGAAAAGUUGUGUGUUUGGGGUUUAUUUGUGGGGUUUGGGGGUUAAUAAUAAUAAUAAUAAAUAUUGACAAAAGUCAGCCUUUGAACCAUGCUGCAAACCUUACCCUCUCCCUGAGUAAAAUACUUGGUUCUUUUUAACAAAAUUGAAAAUAGUGCCUCUGUGUAAAAGGCAGGGCUGUCUUAAGUAUAUGCGGUGCCGGGGUGCAAAGAUCCGCGUGGCACCCCUCCCCCUGGUUGCCCAGUCCCAGGCGUGCAGGAGAGCGGAGCCAGCUGGCCACCUCAGCGUCUCGCUGGAUUGGUUACCCCCGAACUCACGGCAACAGAAGAGCCCACCGCGGCGCUCCAACUGACGGGCCGUCUCUUCCCCAGACUCAACUCUCGGGCCCCGGACUCUCAGCCUGGCACCCCUGAGAGUCCAGCACCCGGGUGCCUCGCACCCCUAGCGCCUAUGGGUAAGACGGCCCUGGUACCAGGUGUAGAACAAUGGGGUGCUCAACUGAGCAGGGACACAGUAAGGCAGGGGUGACCUCCUGCUGUUGUGGACUGCAGUUCCCAUCACCCCUGAUCAUUGGGCAUGUUUGCCGGGGGUGAUGGGAGUUGUAGUUCAAAACAACUGGAUGGUAUUGCAUUGGCCGGCCCUGCAACAAUCAUUGCAUAGAUUGUCGUGGGCCAACUUUUAAUGCUGACCGAAUUGCAGUGUUAGGAAGCUUUUCAUCUGUUUCCACCCUCAAAGGAGAGAGAGAAAGAAAAAGGAAUGGAUUGUACACUGUCUAUUUUCAAGCUAAAGGGAAUGAGGAGGUGUAUUUAUAAGCUGCACAUAUGUGAUGUUUCAUAUUGGACCCAUCCUUCCUUCUUAUUCUGUGGAUUUUUAAAGAUUGUUUCUUAGGUUCGUCUGUAUAGGUUGAGAGGUCUCGUGGAUGUAAUUUCCUAAUUCAGCUCAUUUUUUAAAAAAUAAUGUUAUAUGGUGGAAAUAUAUCAUAAACACGCUGUAUAUGAAGUAUUGUUUUAGAAGAUGAAUGUACCAUAUUUAAAAAGGUGGAUUUCCAGGUUG